AUGAAUGAACAAGUAUUAUCGAGUACACUUUCACAUUUUGAAAGUCUAUUCGAAGUUCUUUUAGAAAAACAACAAGAAACUUCUGAACAAUUACAAGAAAUUAUUUCCGAAAGAAAUUCAAUAUGGCACGAAAAGAUUAUUCCCAAAAUUGAACAAUUGUAUUAUAAAAAGAGAGAAUUUCAUUUAAAUAAUGAAUUUCUCUCGUUAAAAUCCAAUAGGAUGGAUUCUCUUGUAAAGGAAUUAAUCGGAAGAGAGGAUGAAAAACAAAACAGAUUAAUUGAGACUAGAAACAUUGUUAAGGAUAAAUUUCAAGACUUGUUUAAAUUGAUAGGGAUGGAAAUGGAUUAUUUACAUAAUUUAUCUAACUCUUCAAAAAUUGGAGAGGAUGCCAAGAUCUUUCUGAAAAUUCCAAAGAAUUUGGAUACUGAAGGGAGAAUUGAUUAUUUAUUGAAUAAUGUAGAGGAAAAUAUUAGAAACGAGUAUAAGGAUAAAAAUCAAUUGAAAUAUUACGAGAUUGGGAAAAAGUUUGUUGAAUAUUUCAAUCAGAGGGAAAAUGAAAAAAUUAGGAAAAACAACAAGAUCGUCCUCAAGGAACAAAAGGACAAGCCAAUGAAUGAAAAAUUGAACCAGCUGAGAGGGUUCAUUGAAGACACAUUCCAUUUCAGUACAAGAAAAAAGAGUGAGUAA